AUGUUCUCUAAAAAAUUUAUUUUACUUUUGCUUGUAAAUAUUUUUCUUAUAAUUUCAAUAAGGGCAAUACCACAUCACAAAUUACUUGAAUUUGCCAAAGUUGAUGUUGAUAUUUACGAUUACGAAAAUGACGAUUCGGCGAUCUUGGUAGAAGUUAUAGAUGUAGUUGGUGUUGAUAAUAGCAAUGAAAACGAUGGAAAUUUUGGAGAUCUUGAAAUUUCUCCUUUAUUAGAAGAUUCAAUGAUCACAGGAUAUUAUCCAAUUACUGAAAAUGAAGAUAACCCACUUGCAAAUAUUUUCACGGGAAUUUCAUGUGUUAUGGUUUCACUUAUAAUACUGUUAGUAAUAACAAUAAUCGGAUGGUGUAUUUGUAUUCGGCGAAGAAAACGUCAAAUGCCCAGGUCACUUAUGAAUUCUGGAAUUCUAGAAUCUUCAACCACGACAAACACAACAACAAAAUCUUCUUUACCAACUUCGUUGGCUAAAAGUGCCAUUAUGUCAGAAUAUCAUUAUGUUCCUUCCACUUCUUAUAACGACGAUGAAAAGAAAUCAUCAGUGAUCGAUGUUCAAAAUUAUGAAUAUAAAGAUGAUAACGGUAAAGGCGAUGAUGGUAAUAUCAACAAUUCCAAAUCAUCUGUCAUUGAUAAUAUUACCAGCACAACUAUUUCCGAUAAUAAUACGAAUGCAAGUACCACAGCAACUACUAAUAUUAGUAACGACAAUAAUUUCAUCACCACCGCUAUCGAUUCUAAUGCUAGCAUGAGAGCAAUUUAUGGUGAAAGUUACAAUAGUAGUAACAACAACACCAAUUCCACAUUAAAUGAUCAAACUAAUGAAACAACCGUUUUCGAUGAACCUUCUGAAUCCUUACCAUCAUCACCAACAACACCAUUGGAUCUACGAUUAUCGUCUUCCAUUGAUGCUGACACUACAACAACACAAAGUACACCAAGUAAUUUUAAUUUGGCAGCUAAUCCAACCAGCAGUAUUUUUAACACGAAAUCAAAUAAGAAUAUUUCUGAACAAAAUCCACAAGUAAAGUUUUUAAUAGGUGUUGGGGCCGGUGUCGUUUUAAUCGUGAUUGCAGGCCUUGCAUUUUUUUUCGUGAAUCUUAAACGAAGAAAUAGUAGUAAAAAGGAUAAAACAAUUCAACAACUUAAAAGGUCUACUUCAAGUGGCGACUGGAAAAGAAAAUCAAAAAUAGCUUUUAAGGAUACCGACGAAAAACAAUAUCCAUCAGAAUCAACAGGGUUUAUAGAAAGUGAGUCAUUGCCAAAACCAAAAUCCGUCGACGUCUCCACUUCCAUCACCAUUACUCAACAAAAAGAUGAAAGUGAAAAAAUACCUGAUUUAAGCAGUACAUCUGAUAGUGGUGUUAGUGACAUUCCCUUGCAAAUAAAUCCCAUCGGAUCACCUCGUGAACACUCCUCGCCAAUUUAUUCAGGUAGAAAUUCACCAUACCAUUCACCUAGUCAUUCAGGUGAUCAAUUAGAUAAAGCAUUGUAUCUUGAAAGUAUUGGUCCGAUGUCAGGUUCCACUGGAUUACAAACGGAUACGAGCCCUAGAGAAACAACAAGACCUCGUACUCAACCAUACCAAAUAAUGACAUCUAACGAUCCUAAUAUUCCUUUUCGACAUAGCAUAUCUUCUGUUCCUCUUCAUCAUCAAAUAGAUACGGACACAAGUUCUAGAGAAACAACGAGACCUCGCCCUCAGUCAUACCAAACAACGUCAUCUAGUGAUCCUUCCGAUGUUUCUUUUCGACACGACAUAGCUUCUAUUCCCUCAGCUCUACCAGGUGCUACAAGGCUUUCACGUAGUAGUGCUUCACGUGGUUCUAGAUCAUCCAAUAACCCGCCUAGUACACAAUCACCUCCUCCUUCUCGAUA